GGCUAGCGACGGCAUAGACUCGUCUCAUUUGUUUGGAAAACUGUCUAGGUGAAGGAAGUUUUUGCAUUCUCGUAAGAGGAGAUCGAGGAGAGAGUUGACGCUAAGAUCGUUGUGGCUGGUGGGAUUGGUUGUAAUAUAUCACGUAUGUUGAUUACAUUUUGGUAUUAAUUUUCCUUUAAAUUGUCGAUUUAACUGAGUGCCAUUCAUUGAGCGAGUGGUUGGCUGUAUCGCCGAGUUAUUGAUUACGAGGAUACAGUUACCUGAAAUUAUGGAUCAGGAGGGGGAGAUAGCAAAAUCUGAAGAUGCCUGUACCUCGGCGAUUGAGGAUCAGCAUCCCCUGAAAAGCUCAUGUAACGGAGAAGGGAAAUUAACAUUGUGUAUAAAUAGCAAUGAUCAUGAAAGUUCAGAAAAGGAAACCCCCGAUAUUUACAAUGACAAGGUGAACAAUGGAAAUAUUUCAGAAGAAAUUACUGAUAAGCACGUUUCUGGUAGUUCUGAUAGCGACACUGAAUCUGACGAUGCGUCAACCAUACGAAACGAGAGCACAAACGAAAACGCGGAAAGUUUCAGCAUCUUGAUAAACGAUGAUAAACAGGAGGAUAUUGACGAGAACUUAGGAAAACCAACUUCUCACAACGAAGAUCAAGGGAAUAUUGAACAAAAUGAUGUAUCCCCCAUUCUUACUGAGCAGUCUGAUGAUCCUCCCAAUCUUAGUACUGAAAAUGGUAAAUGUAGUACAGGUACCUCAGAUAAUACACACAAAGAAUUUGAACACAUUGCAAAUGAAAUUGAAGAAGUAACUCCCAAAGCUAGUUUGCUUUCCGGUGGUUCUAAAGAUGAAAUGAUCAAGCCAAUUACAGAUGAGAAUAUAUUACUUACGAAGGAGGAAAUUGAAGUUAAAUGGAGUGAGGGAAUGCAAGAGGAGCUAGGCUGUGAAUUAAUUGAAGAUGAACAGGGAGCUGAAAUUAAAAAUCUUGAAUGUAGUUCAAAUGUAGAAAAAGAAUUGUUUGGAAAGGAAACAUGUGAUCCACAUGAAUGUGGUGACAACUUAAUUGCAAAUAAAGCAGAAGAAGGAUAUGCAAACCGGACACCAGGAGUAGAGGUUAUAGGCCCAAAAACGAAUGAUGAAAUGAAGAAUAACCUUUCUGAGAGAGACAAAUCAACAGAGGAUAUAAAAGAUCCUCAAAGACCACGUAGCCGCACCUAUCCUUUCAAAGUACUUGCAUCAGGAUUGCCAUUGGGUGCAAGGCGAGAGGAUGUUAUGUAUUACUUCUCUCAGUUUGGAGAAGUUUUGAAAUUGUGGGAUGAAGGUAGACACCGAGCAAAUGUUUUAUUUGCUGAUGAAGAAUCUUUCAAGAAAGCAGUGUUUGCUCCUGAUCCCUAUUUUGAUGAUCAUAAGUUAAUGAUACGCAGCUUAAAUGAAAUUACAACUAUCAUUUCGGGGAUUCCUAGAAGUAUCUCUGCAAAAGAUGCAGAGAAAGCACUUAAAUCUGCACUGGAGGAAGCUGGGGUUGCACCUUGUAGGAUUGUUGUACCGUCAAGUGACCCAUCUGAAACCACUGAAGACAAUUUGAAUCAGGGUCAUGCUCUUGUUGCCUUUUGUGAUCCACUAACUCUCCAGAAAGCGGAAGAUAUACAGAGUAAUAAUCCUUUUAUGAUCACUGGCUGUCCACUGAAAUUGUAUUCUUCAUGCAAUGAUUUCUAUGAUAAAUUUUGCAUACGUAUUUUCCCAUUACCUGCUGAUAAACAACGUGCAGUUCUCUACCAUAAUUUACAUGCAGCAUUUAAACCUUUUGGAGAAAUUGUGGCAAUUAUAUGCCAGUUUGUUGCAAAUACCUCGUCAUACACAGGCUAUGUGUUGUUUGAGUCAGAAGAUUCAGUACAGCUUCCUGAUGAAAAUACCAAAAGCAAUCGUUUUUAUUUGCAGCAAGCCAAGGAAAAGGGUGAAGUGAAAAUUUUGGAGGAGUUUGUGCAGAUUCAAGGCUUCAACCCAUUUGAUCAGGGUCAAGGGUUUCGACAUCUUUGGUUGAAGGUCCUCAAUUUACCCCCCAGAGCUACAAUUACAGAAAUUAAACACCAUUUUGGUCAUGAUAGAGGAAUUCUUAACAUUGAAUUGGAUUUGGAUUUUGGAUCUUGCUUUAUGCAUGUUAACUCAGAAUCAGCAAUCCAGAGAUGCCUUCAGAUGCAUCAGACAUAUUUGAGAGGCAAAUGUCUUGCAGUCUUGAUUGCUGAAGAUCACCCUGAUCGAGUUUAUUACAGAGAAAUGUCAAGAAGGGGCCGUCGACCCAAUUACAGGAACAGCACUGGCAGGAAAAAAGCAGCAGCAAAUAACUCCAAUGCUGGUUUCAAUGGAAAAACAUUCACGUCUGCCACACAACCUCAGGGCAAUCAAGAUCGAAGAGGUUUUGAGCGAGGAGAUAGGAAAUUUUCAAAAUCCAGAUCUAAUGCAAGUCACCCUAAAGAGUCUCCAAAACCUGUGAAAGAAGAUGGAGAUGGAGUUAAAAUUGCCAACUCUCCUGCAGUGUAACACGUUCAUAUUUUCUAAGUCUGCUUUUAUGUGGAAUCGUGUUGAAGUUCUCUAUGAAGAUUUAUUUUUUAUAACAAUGCUUAUGUAUGUUUCACUCACAGGUAAGCCUGUAAUUGCAUGUUGGGUCAAGUGUUUCAAUGUCUUUCAUAGAGAGAAAGGUUGUAAAUUCCAGAUUAGAAUACCUGGUUAAUUGAAUUUGAUCUGAACCUUUACCAAAAUUUAAGAUUAAAUACUGUUCAAAGAAUAAGUUAAUUAUUUUAAGUUUACUAAUAAGAAAAUUUUGCCUUAUGUCUAGAUUGUCAUGAACUUUUAUGUUGUUUUUCAUUUUCGUGAUUUGGGUACAAAAAAUUCUUCAAAACAUGUAAAAAAGAGGAGCAGAAUAACGAAAACUUUUCUAUGUAAAAAUUUGCUGUUCCUUUUCUUAAACUUUUUGUGUGAGAUAGAUUAAGGGAAUGAAAUUUCUGUUAAUUGUGCAAUAUUUUGUUUUUUUAAUUUAGAUAGUUUUUGUCUUGGAAACACUUGAUAUUUUUUAAAAUACCAAGAGCAAUGUAACACCUGUGAGUCUGAUGUUUUGUGAUAUUAAAAUUUACCUGGUGCCUCACAUGGUAGCAUUUCUUCUUUUUUCUUUUUUGAAAAGGGUUGUUUUCAUAGCUUGUGAUUUGAUUCCAUUUGUUCUAAAAGUAUUUGUUGCCAGAUUAUCAAUUUUGUAUAGCUGAACCAAAACAUUUUUUAUGUUUACUUCCUCACCUAUUAAUGUGUACAUAUGUGAUAAAGAGAAAGCAUUAAAAUGAUGCAGCGAAAAGUGA